AUGACUUCCAAUACUCCGUUGCUCUACACUGUCGCCACUCCUAAUGACAUCGAUUUCUUGAGGAACUCAAAGACGCAUAUGGGUUUCAAUACGACGUUCAAAGAUAGACUUCCAGGUCGUGACAACCCCAUGAAUUAUGCCUUUAUCCUCCUUUUAACCGGUCGUGCCUUUGUAGAAAAACGAACAAAAGGAGCCAUGGUUCCUGAAGGUGCCACCAUUGCCCAUUCCAACAGUACACCCCCAUCUAAUCACGUCCCGUCACAGAUCAAUCCCAACGGCCGCAUCCCAGCUUUGGUCGAUCGUUCGCGCGGCGACUUUGCUGUUUUCGAGUCUGCAGCGAUCCUCCUUUACCUCGCUCAGCACUACGACAAGGAACGCAAGUUCAGCUAUGAUCCUGUCUCAGAUUCCGACCUACACUCCGAAGAAUUGCAAUGGAUCUUCUUCACUCACGGUGGUAUCGGUCCAAUGCAGGGUCAAGCCAACCACUUCUACCGCUACGCGCCCGAGAAGAUACCGUAUGGAAUCAACCGGUACAUCAACGAGACCAAACGUCUCUACUCAGUUCUUAACGAUCGCUUGACCGACCGAGAAUACCUGGUUGGUCCUGGAAAGGGCAGAUACGGUCUCGCCGACAUUAACGCCUACCCGUGGGUCAGGUCAUGGAGUUGGGCGGGCGUAGAUAGCCUAGAGGCAUUCCCGAAUGUCGAGGCUUGGUUGAAACGUAUUUCCGAGCGCCCUCAGGUUGAUAGUGGUUUGGAUGUUCCAGAGCCUCGAUCCAGGAAGGCCUUGACAAAGGAGGAGGAAGAGGAAGCAGCCGAGGGAGCUCGCAAGUGGAUCCUUCAGGCUCAAAAAUAA